GAACGAGUGUUUGGUUGCGUCUGGAGAACUGCCUCUGCUUUGAUGGAACACGGAUAGAUGUCCCACACUGCGUAUUACAUGCUUUUUACUUUGAACUUUUCAGUUUUGUUUGAUAUGAGUGUAGGAAAGUCACCUCUGACACGGAGUGAGAGACUCGACUCUAAAUUGAACAGCUGUAGGUAAACGGAAACAACCCUGAUGAACAUCUGUAGCCCACACCCCUCUCUACCUUUUUAAAAAACGAGUAUAGUCCGAACCCGGGUGGGUGGCUUCAGUGCUUCUGGAGAUUGGGUAACUUUGGAGUGUUGAUAAAAGGAAGUUUGGAGGCUUCGCCUGUGAGAAGUAAAUGAAGUCAGCGACCACUAGUUCCACUCUUACUGGAAGGAUACCGCAAACAUUUAGAAAUCAAACGGCAACACUGCAAUAAUGAACAACUGGAAUUUACCAAAGAGAUUAGUCACAAGUGGGAAACCUUGCUAUUAAAAAUGUUCACGGUUGUAGUGCAUGUGUAUUGUUAAAUUGAAAAGCUCCCAGUACCAUGACAGUGAUUUAUAGGAUCUGGAUGUGUGGCUGACUGCAUCUGGUUGGAUUAACUGGAGGUUGAAGUUCGGCACAAACUUUUUGACAGAUGAAAUGUGAAAGUAAUUUAGGAUGAAGAUCUUUUGCCUGUCAGUUUAUGUCAAAUUUGCUCCAGAGGCGGAAUAUUCCUUUGGUAAACGUGAUUUAUUUGGCAACACGUCUACAGGAAACCACCUUGAGGAAAAGGCAGGGCUGUAUGUUUCCUGAACACGUCCAUCUCUCUGACGGGUUUCUGUGGUUUUAGGUGGAGCUGUUUAUAUAUGCAUCAUGAUGGGCAGCAGGGAGGAUCACAUAAUCAACAUUGAUCUUUGUUUCACCCCUGAUUUCAUGGCGGCUUCUGUGCUGUGUGAAUUCGUCGUUGUGGAAUUCUGAGGGUUGGAUGAGGAAAGAAGCGAUGAGGCCGUCCAAGGCCGGACUUCAUCACUUCCUGUUUCUUUACGAGUUGCGAUGGUGAUUGACAGAUGAUCUGACAGAGGAAGACAUCAGAGUCGUCUCCGUGCUGGUUACCAUGGGGUGUGCCUUUUGCAAGCAGAAGACGUCCGCCAAAGCAGCAGCGGCAACAUCAGCAGCAGUGGACAUUACAGAUCUGUCUCCUAGCAACGCAGAUGGAGGGUUGUCCGCUGCCUUGACUCAGGGCCGUUACUGCCCCGACCCCACCCAGACCAUCCCAGACUUCAACAAGGGCUUCUCAUCCAGCACCAUCUUCUCCAACACCAACACACAGCAGAGGCCUGGAGUUAUAACAAGUGGUGGAGUCACCCUCUUUAUAGCUUUGUAUGAGUAUGAAGCUCGCACCGAAGAUGACCUCACUUUUCAGAAAGGAGAGAAGUUCCAGAUCAUCAACAACAUAGAGGGUGACUGGUGGGAGGCUCGCUCUUUGGACUCGGGCCACUCAGGUUACAUCCCCUCCAACUACGUCGCUCCUGUCGACUCUAUACAGGCCGAAGAGUGGUAUUUUGGAAAGAUGGGGAGGAAGGAUGCGGAGAGACAGCUGCUAGGCAACGGCAACCAGAGGGGAACUUUCCUCAUACGAGAGAGUGAAACUACCAAAGGCGCUUACUCCCUGUCGAUCCGUGACUGGGACGAUAACAAGGGAGACCACGUCAAACAUUAUAAGAUCCGCAAACUAGACAACGGUGGCUACUACAUCACCACGAGAUCACAGUUCGACACAGUGCAGCAGCUGGUCGAGCACUACACAGAGAGAGCGGCGGGACUGUGCUGCCGUUUGAUUGGCAGCUGCAAGCGGGGCAUUCCUAAACUGGCCGAUUUAUCAGUGAAGACCAAGGAUAUGUGGGAGAUUCCCAGAGAAUCCCUCCAGCUGAUUAAAAAACUGGGCAAUGGCCAGUUUGGAGAAGUCUGGAUGGGUAUGUGGAACGGUACCACCAAGGUAGCGGUGAAGACUCUGAAGCCAGGGACCAUGUCCCCCGAGGCCUUCCUGGAGGAAGCUCAGAUCAUGAAGAGACUCCGCCAUGACAAGCUGGUGCAGCUCUACGCCGUCGUGUCUGAGGAGCCCAUCUACAUUAUUACCGAGUUCAUGAGCCAAGGAAGUUUGUUGGACUUCUUAAAAGAUGGGGAGGGGCAGAGUCUUAAGCUGCCUCAACUGGUGGACAUAGCUGCACAGAUUGCAGCUGGAAUGGCAUACAUCGAGAGGAUGAACUACAUCCAUCGUGACCUGCGAGCCGCUAACAUACUUGUUGGAGAAAAUCUGGUGUGCAAGAUUGCCGACUUUGGCCUGGCCAGGCUCAUCGAGGACAACGAGUACACGGCCAGACAAGGGGCGAAGUUCCCUAUCAAGUGGACGGCUCCUGAAGCUGCAUUGUACGGACGCUUUACCAUCAAGUCAGAUGUCUGGAGCUUUGGCAUCCUACUAACUGAACUCAUCACAAAGGGGCGUGUGCCAUACCCAGGCAUGAACAACCGCGAGGUGUUGGAGCAGGUGGAGCGGGGCUACAGGAUGCCCUGUGCCCCGGGCUGCCCCGCCUCGCUCCAUGAACUGAUGGUGCAGUGCUGGAGGCGAGAGGCCGAUGAGAGGCACACCUUUGAGUACCUGCAGUCCUUCUUGGAGGAUUACUUCACGGCCACAGAGCCGCAGUACCAGCCCGGAGAAAACCUGUGACCACACACAUGUAGGACCGAUGUGGAGCGACGAACGGACAAACAGAAAGCGAACGACAGACACAGAGGCAGACAUGGAUGUAUACAUGCAGAUAUACUGAUAUGCCUUCAUUGUAUUUGUAUUCUACUGUGCGCACACACACAAACACACACACACAUGAAGAUACAUAUCAUUGCCUUGUUUUAUUAAAGACAGUUUCCUCCUUUUGGUUAUUGAUCACUGCAGUGCAGCCCAUUCAGGACGGAUCAGUCAACCAUGUUGAAUAGCAGUCGGAUCUCUGCUGAUCAGGCCUUGCAGUAAUGUUGCUUUACUCUGUAACCAUGACAACAAGGAACUGAAAGAAGAUGUAGAUUGUUGUGUUGAUGGGGGGGGGGGGGGGGGGAGUCGAGUUGGCACAUGAUUUGUUCAGCUGCCAUAAAUGUCCAGGUCCUUUGGAUUUCUGUUCCUGAGUAGAGCGGCUUCGAGGGGGGGACUGGUUAUCUGAGAACAAUAUGUCGAUAGAGAAACGAUCGAAGGUGCAACAGGUGUCAGACAACAUUAAAUGAUCAUUGUGAACUUGUGUGAUCGAUUAUGUAUGCAGACACUGUAAGAUAUGACUUACAGUAAUCUAAAAAGGUUGUUGAACUGAUCCAUGUCAAUCACAUACAAACUUGCUCCAAUGUGUGCCUAUAAGUGGUCAAAUAAAGGGCUGUUUUAGAUUUGAAGCACCUGUAAUACUGUGUUAGUAAAGCCUGAGAGGAGAGAUGGUAAGGAAUGCUCUUUGUUUGUCUGAUCAUUUCAAUGACGAUUUUGUAUGAACUGUCUCUUUUUCUGUUUUAAUUUAACUUAGAUAUAUCUGUGCAACACAAAGAUGUCUAUAUGAAUAUGUAUUCAGUGUUCAUCCAUUUAGAGGACAUGGUGAACUAUUACACAUAAAGGGGAACGAUCAAUAUCAGUGGUCUCUGGAACUAAAAUGUUUUAAUUCUGUGUUUUUUUUACAAAAGAGUGUAACCUUUAUAUGAUUUUAUGAGAUGCCAUGUUAUGUUAUUGUAAUACAAAUCUAAUAUCUUU